GUUCGUGUUGAAUGGCGUCUUCGGGCGUUUCGUGAAAACAUCGUUUCCCCUGUUCCCCCACCCGAGCACACCCUUCCCUCUAUCUUUCUUUUUCUUUCUCUUUUCUCGCUCUCUCUUUCUCUCUCUCUCUCUCUUUCUGUUCCUCUGUUUCCGUCUCUGUCUUUCAAUGUAGUGGAGUGGAUAUAUUUAUCGUGUGCAAUCUUUUCAUCGGUCGCGGGUUUCUCGUGGAUUUCUGCCAAUAAGGAAAAGUCUAGAAAUAAUAUAAACAUCGAGAAAUGGGGUAUUGUCGGUGAAGAGGGACGAAAGAGAGACGCAAUGGGCACCCAAAAGCCCAGCGAAUGGGCCGGGUUGCUUAUCGCGCGUUUCGAGGAUCAGCUACCAUGCAGAGCCGGUCCGCAAACGACCCAUUCGCGUCUCAACGAAGAAAAAAAUCAGAAGUAUUUAAUACAAAUAUCGCGCUAUCGGUUUUCGCAUGUGAUACAGUGCCUAACAAAGAUGCUUCAGCAUGUUAACGAAAUGAUCAUUAAUACUGGCACUCAAAGAUGGUUGAACGGUUCGGAGCAGGACAAAAAUUGUUACGAAUCUAUAAUCAUUAUCCUCGAUACGCUGGAACAGUGCCUAACCAAUCAACCCAAAGAUACAACGAACUUUGACGAAACUACAAAUAUUAAACUUUUACUCAGGGAGAUUUGCCGAUUUAUCAAUGUACCGAACGACUGUCCUUAUUACAUGCAUUUGAAGAAUUUGGCUAGCAAAGUAUUAUUCGCUCUUAGCUUGAAUUUCUUCAAUGCAGUAUUCAAUAGAAUAUCGGCUCAUCUUCAGGAAGCGACAAUAGCUGCCUCUGGGUCAAGCGAUGAAUGUCCUGAUCAUAGCGACAUAGAACUCAUUCAGCUUAUAAACGUUGAUGUCAAAAGGCUCAUCAAACUGUUGAACGAAACAAUACUGAAGAUACGUAACUUAAAAAAAUCGGCUCACAUAGUUUUGAUGAAUUCAUUGGAAAAGGCGAUAUGGAAUUGGAUGGACACGUAUCCCCACGAAUUUGCGGAUAUCCAAAAACGUCAGAACGACGAGCUUGCUAAAGCAUGCGACGAAUUGUUCGACAUACUGGACACAUUUGCGGACAUCAAGAAAGGUCGAGUGUUCGCGGUAUGGCCGUUGCAAAUAAUGCUGCUCAUACUGUCACCGGUUGUAUUGGAGGAAAUAGUGAAUGCUGAUACAGGGGCGCCGUGUUCACCGAAACAUUCGAAGAAGAAACAGUUCAUCGAGAGUAUAAAACGAGGCAAAGUGAUGCACGGCGGUUCGGGGAAACAAUUGACCGAAGCAGCGGCCGUAACGUGCGUUAAACUCUGUAAAGCCUCAACCUACAUAAGCAAUCUUGAUUCCAGCAAUGUUAUAUUUACUCUGGUGCAGCACGUUAUCGGCGAUUUGACCAGUUUGCUUUUUAAUCCGAGCAAACCGUUUUCACGUGGUCAAAGUUACGUGGUUCAGGACGUUGAUCUCAUGAUAGAUUGUCUAGUUAGUUGUUUUCGUAUUAAACCACACAACAACGAAGUUCUCAAAGUUUGCCUAAAUUUGAACUUUCCAUCGACUUAUCAAUUCGUACUUGUCAGCUCGCUCUACAGGUACCUUAUUACUUUUCCCCUUUUCAUAAAUGUUCUCGAGGGUAACAAAAAUGCUAUCGUUGAAAAAUACUGUUACAGGAUAGUUGUACAACCAAGACUCUCGUGGUGGCCUCAAAUAGAGCUUGUAUACUCGCGUAGCGCCGAUCUUCGUAAUAUGUUUACCGACACGCUCAACAAAGUUACACAGAGUUACAUAUCUCAAACACCUCUUCGAAUGAUUCAGGGUUUAACAUUAAAAGGGAAAGAACAGAGCAAAAAUAAAGAUCGAGGAGAAGAUAUUUCCAGUCAUAGAAAUCUUCUUCUGUGGUUGGUUCGUUUAAUUCACACGGACCCCAUGCUCAUGCUUAACAACCAGGGCAAAGCCGGCCAUGAGAUACAGAGCUCGACUUUGGAGCUGAUAAAUGGUCUAGUUUCGCUGGUACAUCAGCCAACGAUGCCGGACAUUGCUCACGAAGCGAUGGAAGCGUUGCUCGCUCUUCAUCAUCCUGAUCAAAUAAAAGCUUGGAAUCCCGAAGCGCCGAUCAACACUUUUUGGGACAUAAGCUCUCAAGUACUAUUUUCCAUAUCGCAGAAGCUCAUUCAACAUCAGAUUGUCAAUUAUACCGAUAUACUGAAAUGGCUGCGAGAAAUUCUCAUCAACCGCAACGCUUUUCUCUCGCGGAACAAAGAAUACGCGAAUGUUGGUAGUCAAAUAGCCAUUUGUAAACAAGCGCAUAUCAAAUUGGAGGUCGUGUUCUUCAUGUACUUGUGGAGCAUCGAUGUCGAGGCGGUUCUUGUAGCCCUAUCGUGUUUUUCUUUGCUCUGCGAAGAGGCUGAAAUCCGCUGUGGAAGCGACGAUGUUGCCGAUACUUGCCCAUUGCCUAAUUAUCACCAUUACGUCGAGCUUGCUCAGAUUUCUACGGUUUUCACUAACGCCAGCGGAGACACGACGAUUACUUGCCAACGACAUAACGAUGGACGAGCAGCUUUGCGGAGAAGAAUAAUGGCACUGCUAAGAAAAAUCGAGCAUUGCGUAAAUGGCGUUCAACCGGCUUGGGAAGAGACGUUCAGAAAUUGGGAAUCAAUUUGGCGACAGUUGACGAACAAUCCGAAAAACAAAACGGAAGAAGGACAAGUCGAGGCGUUUCACCGUAACACGGGAAAGCGGAGAGCGUCUCAUCAGAAUUCGGAUUACGAAUUGGACGAUCAAAUAAACGAAUGGGCGAACAUGACGGGAUUUUUGUGUGCCCUCGGUGGUGUCUGUUUGCAGCGAAAGUCUCCAUGCAGGCCGAUAUCAGGUAUGCCGUUGCAUCCAGAACCGAAAAAAGGUUCGGCGAAGCAGCAACAGCAGAUGAUGCAAGAUUCGGUAUCUACUUUGGCGAAUCCCAGCCAAGAAGUGCAAUAUUGUCCAGUAACGCAAUUCGUCUCGAACCUGUUGCGCCUGUUGAUUUGGAACAACGAAAAAUACGGAAGUCAGAUACAGAAACACGUGAAAGAAUUAGUCGGUCACGAAAUGAGUCCGGCACUUUAUCCCAUACUUUUCGAUCAAAUAAAAAGUAUAGUAGAGAAGUUUUUCGAUCAACAAGGUCAAGUUAUUGUUCUCGACGUGAACACUCAGUUCAUCGAGCACACGAUAUUCAUUAUGAAAAAUGUUCUCGACUCGAAAACCGAUGAGCCUUCCGAUUAUCUUGGCAUAACGAGUAUUGAAGGUAUGACUCUGGCGAUCGUAAGAUACGUGAGACAUUUGGACAUGACCGUCCACGCAAUCGAUAUAAAAACGAAGCUCUGUCAGCUCGUCGAAGCCAUGAUGAAAAGACGCGACGAUCUCGUGUUCCGACAGGAAAUGAAGUUCCGUAACAAACUUGUCGAAUAUCUGACCGAUUGGGUUAUGGGCACAACUCAUCAAAUGGCACCUCCCAGUAACAGCGACAGCAGCACGAUCACGAGAGAUCUCGAUCAAGCCUGUAUGGAAGCAAUCGGUGCACUCCUUCUCGGCCUGCCUCUUCAACCCGAAGAAUCCGAUCGUGGCGAUCUCAUGGAAGCAAAAUCACAACUUUUUCUCAAAUAUUUUACACUCUUUAUGAAUUUAUUAAACAACUGCAACGACGCCACGGCUGAGGAAAAAGAAGUCGUCUCCAGGCAACACCUGCACACGGGUAAUCUUUCGACUCUGCGAAAUGCCACCAUUCAAGCCAUGAGUAAUCUCCUCAGCGCUAACAUUGACAGCGGUCUCAUGCAUUCAAUCGCAUUGGGUUAUAACCGAGACCUCCAAACACGAGCAGCAUUUAUGGAAGUUUUGACGAAAAUACUUCAACAAGGAACGGAAUUCGAUACCUUGGCGGAGACAGUGUUAGCCGAUCGGUUCGAGCAAUUGGUCCAAUUGGUAACGAUGAUAAGUGACAAAGGUGAACUGCCGAUAGCGAUAGCCCUCGCGAACGUUGUAACGUCGAAUCAAAUGGACGAAUUAGCGAGAGUAUUCGUUACUUUAUUCGAUGCGAAACACCUGUUAUCGCCUCUCCUUUGGAACAUGUUUUAUCGCGAGGUCGAAGUUUCGGACUGCAUGCAAACUCUGUUCCGCGGUAACAGUCUUGGCAGCAAAAUCAUGGCAUUUUGUUUCAAAAUCUACGGUGCUACGUAUUUGCAAAAUUUGUUGGAGCCCUUGAUAAAGCCUUUGCUGGAUGAUCCUUUCACGAGAUUCGAGGUCGACAGCGCAAGGAUCGACGUCAACGAGAAUAUUGUCGAAAAUGGAAGGAAUCUCAUAGCUCUUACACAAAAAGUAUUCGAUGCUAUAGUUUCCUCAGCGGAUCGAUUUCCUCCACAAUUACGCUCGAUGUGUCACUGUCUCUACCAAGUUUUGAGCAAAAGAUUUCCGCAGUGUCCGCAAAACAACAUCGGCGCAGUCGGUACUGUCAUAUUUUUACGAUUCAUCAAUCCGGCAAUCGUUUCGCCCCAAGAGAUGGGAAUUGUCAACAAACAAGUACCGCCUCACGUUAAAAGAGGCCUCAUGCUCAUGUCAAAGAUACUUCAGAAUAUUGCGAAUCACGUACAAUUCAGCAAAGAACAACAUAUGCUACCGUUCAACGAUUUUCUUCAAGCUCAUUUUGAAAUUGGACGAAGAUUCUUCAUACAAAUAGCCUCGGAUUGCGAGACAGUAGAUCAGGCUAAUCAUCCAAAGUCUUUCGUUUCGGAUGUCAAUGUUUUGGCUCUUCAUCGAUUGCUUUGGAAUCAUCAGGAAAGAAUCGGCGAUUAUCUCAGCAGUAGCAGAGAUCACAAGGCCGUUGGUCGUCGUCCUUUUGACAAAAUGGCUACGUUGCUCGCUUACCUAGGUCCACCCGAACACAAGCCGGUUGAUUCGCACUUGUUGUUUUCAUCGUCCUACGCACGAUGGUCCAGCAUCGAUAUGUCUUCGACGAAUUUCGAAGAAAUAAUGGUGAAGCACAAAAUGCACGAGAAGGAAGAAUUCAAAAGCAUCAAAAGCUUAAACAUAUUUUAUCAGGCGGGCACGAGCAAACUCGGCCAUCCAGUUUUUUAUUAUAUAGCACGAAGAUACAAAAUCGGCGAGACAAACGGCGAUCUCUUGAUUUACCACGUAAUUCUGACUCUCAAACCAUUCUGUCACGCUCCGUUCGAGCUCGUAGUAGAUUUCACGCACACAUGUUCGGACAAUCGUUUUCGUACGGAAUUUUUACAAAAAUGGUUCCACGUGCUGCCGGAGGUUGCUUACGAGAACAUACAUGCGGCUUAUAUCUACAAUUGUGACAAUUGGGUACGAGAAUUUACCAAGUAUCACGACCGAAUACUGGCGCCGUUGAAGGGCAAUCGCAAAGUGGUGUUCGUGGAUGGUCCUGGUCGAUUGAAUGAUCUCAUUGAUCCGGAGCAACAAAAAUUGCCCGGUGCAACUUUGUCCCUCGACGAGGACCUCAAAGUAUUUACGAGUGCGCUAAAGCUCUCGCACAAGGAUACUAAAGUUUCGGUGAAGGUUGGACCAACCGCGAUACAAAUAACCUCAGCGGAGAAGUGUAAAGUAUUGUCCCACUCGGUUUUCCUCAACGACGUUUAUUACGCUUCGGAAAUCGAGGAAGUUUGCCUCGUGGAUGACAAUCAGUUCACGUUGACGAUAUCGAACGAGGCGGUGCCGUUGUCUUUCAUACACAACGACUGUGAUAGCAUAGUACAGGCGAUAAUACACAUAAGGAAUCGAUGGGAAUUGUCACAGCCGGAUUCGAUGUCGGUACAUCCGAAAAUUCGACCCAAGGACGUGCCUGGAACGCUGUUGAACAUGGCACUCUUGAAUCUCGGCAGUUCCGAUCCAAAUCUCCGAACAGCAGCCUACAAUCAAUUGUGCGCUUUGACCGCGACGUUUGACCUCAAGAUCGAGGGACAACUAUUGGAAACAUCGGGUUUAUGUAUACCUUCGAACAACACGAUAUUUAUAAAACAUCUGAGCGAGACAUUGGCCGCUAACGAUCCUCACCUCACACUCGAAUUUCUCGAAGAGUGCAUCCAAGGUUUUCGCGUUUCGACGAUCGAGCUUAAACACUUGUGUCUCGAGUACAUGACCCCGUGGCUCAAGAACCUCGUACGUUUUUACAAGCCUAACGACGAGGGUGGCAAACGAAAGAAACAGGUCAAUCAAAUAUUGGAAAAGCUGAUAACCCUGACGAUCGAAGAGGUUGAAAUGUAUCCGAGCAUUCAAGCUAAAAUCUGGAGCACCAUCGGACGAUUGCCUGAUCUCAUUGACACCGUCCUCGAUAAUUUUAUCCAAAAAAGCGUCAAAUAUGGUCUUGGCUCACCGAUGGUAGAGAUAUUGGCCGAUACAGCGGUUGCACUUGCGUCCGGUAAUGUUCAGCUCGUCGCAAAAAAAGUAAUUGGACGUUUGUGUCGGGUCGUCGACAAAACUUGCACUUCUCCGACUCCUUUGCUCGAAGAACACAUGAUGUGGGACGACAUCGCUAUAUUAGCGCGUUAUUUGCUCAUGCUCUCGUUCAACAAUUGCCUCGAUGUUGGAAAACAUCUUCCAUAUUUGUUUCACACGGUAACGUUCCUCGUUUGUUCCGGAAGUCUUUGUAUGCGAGCCUCGACUCACGGACUUGUUAUAAACAUCAUACACUCACUUUGUACCUGCAGUUCGCCCUCCUUCUCCGAGGACACUUAUCGAGUUUUACGUAUGAGCCUCGACGAAUUCUCAUUGCCUAAAUUUUAUCUUCUUUUUGGCAUAAGCAAAGUUAAAUCUGCUGCGGUAACGGCUUUUCGCUCGAGUUACAGACAUUCGAGUGAGAAAUGGUUUGGCAACGAGAGAAGUAUUUGCAGGGCUGAAGAUCGUGAGUAUCUCGCGCUCACCAGUCUCGAAGUAAUCACCGACGCACUCUUGGAAAUCAUGGAAGCUUGCAUGCGCGACAUACCGACCUGCGAUUGGCUGACGACUUGGACAUCGUUGGCGAAGAGCUUCGCUUUUUGUUUCAACCCGGCGCUCCAGCCACGAGCACUAAUAGUCUUCGGUUGUAUCAGCAAGAGCAUUACUGAUCAGGAUAUAAAACAAUUGUUAAGGAUUCUCGUCAAAGCUCUCGAGAGCUUCAACGACAUAACUCUCCUCGAAGCAAUUGUAAUGUGUCUGACCAGGCUUCAGCCACUUUUGAGGCCUGAAUCACCGAUUCAUCGUUAUUUGUUCUGGGUUGCAACUUCGGUGCUUCAAUUGGACGAAGCGCCUCUGUACGCCUCGGGACUCGCACUUCUCGAACAAAACUUGCACACUCUCGAUUCCCAGGGUACCUUCGAUGACAAGAGCCUCGAAAAAGUGAUGAUGUCAGUGAGAGAUCCUCUCGAAUGGCACUUCAAACAACUCGAUCACGCCGUUGGACUCUCCUUCAAAUCCAAUUUCCACUUUGCCCUCGUUGGACAUUUGCUCAAGGGCUACCGUCACCCGACGCCGACAACUGUCACAAGAACAACAAGAGUACUCACCAUGUUAUUGGCCAUCGUUGCAAAGCCGUUUAGCAGAGACAAAUUCGAAGUAACGCCUGAAAGCGUAGCUUAUCUCACGGCUCUUGUUUCCGUUUCCGAAGAAGUUCGUAGUCGCUGUCACAUCAGGCAUUCACUCGCUAGACAUUUCACCGAAUCGAAUAGCAAUGAUUUUAUCGAUACGACAACGAGCAAUGGAACUCCCGAACCGACCUCCGGGAAUAUCAGUCGAACGAAUAAGAAACAAAAGUCUUGGGACCUUUUGGAUCCUUCGGCCAUUUCGCAAGCUCGCCAACAAAAACAAUUCGCUACUCAUCCACCUGGUCGUAGCACGUUGCUCAAAACUCAAAGAUCCUUCUCCGUACCAGUGACCAAAGAAACAACCCCAAAACCGAACGAGGACACUGUAACUAAGAAUCGCAGUGCACGAGCCAGUGUCAGCAAUGAGAAUAACGUUUUACUCGAUCCCGAGGUGCUCACAGAUUUCACCACUCAAACUCUCGUUCUCACGAUACUCGCAACUCUAGUCAAAUACUCGACCGAUGAGAAUGAGACUCGUAUACUCUACGAUUAUCUCGCCGAAGCAUCGAUCGUAUUCCCCAAGGUUUUUCCUGUCAUUAACAAUUUGCUCGACGCUAAAAUUAGUAGUGUGCUGUCCUCGUGUCACGAUCAAAUUAUUUUGAGCGCUGUACAAGCAAUCAUACAAAACACCAUUGCUUGUGAGGACACCGGACAACAAUUGCACUAUUUGCAGAGCUGUGGAUUUGGUGGACUUUGGAGAUUCGCUGGACCUUAUGCAAAGGGUAAUCGUACGGCCGAGAGUGCCGAAUUAUUCGUCAACUGCCUCGAAGCGAUGGUCGAAACUUGUCUACCGACCGAAGAAUACGAAGCAACGAGCAGCAACAAAAACUUUGUGCCCGACAAUUCUAAGCGCUACGAUGAUACACGUGCCGACCCAACGAUGAGGGCGAGAGCUUGUUCAGCCAAGAAUAGUUUAGGUAGAACGCGUAAUUUUUCUGAGGAGAGGCCUACGACCCAAGAAAUAGCAGCUUCUUCGAUCCGCAAGGAGAAUUUGUAGAUAUAGCGUAGAUGGAAGAGAAGAAUCGAUUGAGGCAGCCAGUAAAAGCAGUAGCAGUAGUGGAUUACAAUCAUAGCGAACGUACGGUGAUUCUGGCAAUGAUCUCAAUGUUCCGGAAAGAUGUAAGAAAAAAAAAAAGUCAUCGCGCUCGACAAG